AUGACCAUUCAGCCUGCUGAGGGAGCUCCUGUUGGCGGUAUCCGUCGCAUUGUUACCGGACACGAUGCCAAAGGUGUCUCGAUCAUCGACAAGGACGACGAGAUUGAGCGUCUGGACUGCACCCCGGAACACGCCCACUUUGCACCGGGGGAUGGAGCCAAGAAGCCGAUUUUCUCGGGCAGGUCGCACAACGACAACGGUUCCGUGGUGAGGUUUGUCGACAUCCCACCCGGAUGCUGCAGCCCCAUGCACCGCACCCAGACGCUGGAUUACGGCAUUGUGAUCUUUGGCGAGGUGGAGCUGGAGCUCGAUUCGGGCGAGAAGAGGACGCUGCGACAGAGCGAUACGUGUGUCCAGAGGGGCACCAACCAUCUGUGGAGAAACAACACGGACCAGUGGACCAGGAUCGCUUUCAUUCUGCUCUCGUCCAAGCAGAUCGUCAUCGAUGGAAAGCAGCUUAGCGAUCACGGCUUCCCCGCUGAUCCCACCCAAGUCUUCCCCCAACUGCUGCAGAGUCGGCUGUUCUCCACGAUGAACACGACAAGAAAGGGCAUCCACCGCGCGCCGAUCGGCUUCGGACCGGCGCCUUCGCCGCGCCAGGCACCCGACGGGAGCCGAUUCGACUGGUCGCAAGCUCGCACCACCACCGUCGUUGUCGAGGUGGAGCGCGAGUGCGUCGAAGCACUGCUUCCUCCCGGCUACACGGUCUCGGACAGCGUCGCGCACCCAACGGUGCUGUUCGAAGUCAUGGAGCUUCGCAAUCUGCCCUGGCUCGCGGGGCGCGGGUACAACACGCUCGGCGUCUACCUCAACGAUAUCGUGUGCAAUCGCGUACAGCCUGCGAUUACGGCGUCGUACAUGGCGGUGCUGUUCGAAAACUUUACCGAUCCCAUCACUACCGGCCGCGAAGAACUCGGCUUUCCCAAGGUCUACGCCGAAAUCUCCAACGCCAUCGUCUCCCAGAAGGAAGGGGUGGAAAGCAGAGUGCAUACGCUGUCCUGGGGCGGGUUUGAGUUUCUCCGCCUCGAGUUGGCCCUCACUGCGUAUGCGGUGCAGAACAGUCCGGCGAUGAUGCCGGAUGCUAGGAGGUAUACGCAUCCGACCAAGGAUGGGAUUCUUCACCAGCGCUACGUUCCGGCAGUGGGAGAGCUCGGAAAGAGCGAUGCGGACUACGCCACUUUCUGUCCUCCCCCUCCCCCAUCUGGCCCACCCAAGGUGCUGGAAUUCAAAGCUCCGCCCGUGAGCUGUGGCGGCGAUGAAGUGUGCCCAGCGGUGGUCCAGGUGCAACCGGAUCAAAAAGCCGAGGGAACACACGAGUUCUGCGAGGGCGCAGUCAAGCUCAGCGUGAAGCGUGGAUCAUUCGACCAGCUCCCGACGCUGUACAAUGUGGUGGAUGCGUUGGCGGGUCUCAAGGUGCGUGCGUGCAGAGAGGUGGCAAUGCACACCUUCCAGGGCGCAAGUGAUCUCGCCGCAAACCACCGCGUUGAAAAGUGA